AUGCAGACCUACUUGCGCAGUCCCUCAAGAAACAGCCGACAUCAACCAAACACGAGUGGCCACUGUGUCAAUGGAACCUGCAAAGGAGUUCAGCACAGCGGUGGCCGUAGAAAGCUGAUCCUAUGCUUCGAUGGUACCGGUAACAAGUUUCGUGGAGAUGACAGCGACAGCAAUAUUCUCAAAAUUUUCCGCAUGCUCGACAGCAAUGCGGAUGAUCAAUCCGGCAUAGGGACAUAUGUUGUGUCAGACAACCUGACGCACAACGGUGUCAGGGCCAAAUGCAGGUCUUGGUACCAGAUGGCCAAGGACUCUGCAGUCGGCUCGUCAUUCGACCAGCACGUUGUAGGCGGAUACAGAUUCUUAAUGAGAUACUACUCGCCAGGAGACGAUAUAUACAUGUUCGGCUUCUCUCGAGGUGCCUAUGUUGCUAGGUUCCUAGCUGAGAUGUUGGACUUUGUCGGUCUUCUUGCCCAUGGCAACGAGGAAAUGGUCGCUUUCGCGUGGAGCUCAUUCUCCCAAUGGCAAUGCAGAAGAACGAACUCAACACCGGAAGGUAAAGAAGACAGAGAGAAGAUGUACCAGUUUCUCAAAGGCUUCAGGGAAACAUUCUCGCGACCGAUACGACGGAUCCGCUUCUUGGGGUUGUUCGACACCGUGAACAGCGUGCCGCGGUUUGAAACGGCUUGGAUGCAGCGCAGCAAGUUCCCAUACACUGCAAGGAGUUCUGCGAAAGUCAUCAGACAUGCUGUCAGUAUUGAUGAAAGACGCGCCAAAUUCCGCCAGGAUCUCAUUUACCAAGAGCCUAAGAAGUCUCGGAGGAGAACUGCAGCUGAGCGGUUGAUGGAACACCACCACCCCCUCAACGAUAAAGUGCAGGAGUUCCAAGAAAAGUAUCGUCCAGGUCGGCGUUCAACACUUGCACCUGACGACGCCGUGGCGAAAGAAGACCGCGGUAGGCGUCGAGUACAUCUACAAGAGGAAGACGCAGACCAUCCGGCUCCGUUCCGUAGUCGCUCCAGGUCUAGAUCUCGGGCAACUGAUCGAACAGGCAACGCGUAUACGGAUCAUGAUGCCUCAUCCAUCAACUCCAAACCACCCAUGGAAGACCUCACUUACGACUCGGAUGACGACGAAGCCGACCAAAAUGUUGAUGAAGUGUGGUUCUCUGGGGGGCAUGGCGACAUCGGCGGAGGAUGGGACGCCAAACCUGGCUACAAGAAUGCCAGUCACAUACCCCUCGUGUGGAUGGUGAGAGAAGCCAUGCGAGCGGGGUUGACAUUUGAUCUCGACCAGCUCGAGUAUCUGGGUUGUGUUGAAUCAGUAGCCGGAGCAGACAGGCGAACUGCAAGGCAGUCGUCGUCCACCAUGCCGAACGAAGCGAUCGCAGUCCCGGAGAUUCAUGUCGAUGCGCCUUCCCCCCCUAUGGAUUUUCAGCCUGCAUCACCCACCGCUUCCGCGACAGAACACGCGGCAAUUUCGGACACAUCAACGCACACCUGCACGGCCUUAGCGUUCGACGUGAUGAUGCAGACGGCACAUGAAGCCAAAAUACACGACUCACUUGACUUUAAAUGUGGCAUGCAUCGUGCCAGCGUCUUCAUGUGGCGGGUGAUGGAGUAUCUCCCAUUUCGGAGACUAGAUCUUGGGCCAGACGGCAGUUGGAACCCGAUCAGAUGGCCACUGCCGAGGGGAGAAGUGCGAGACGUUCCCGACAAAGUAAGGAUUCAUGGAAGCGUGAUACGACGAAUGGAACGGGACGAGAAGUAUAGACCUGGGAACUUGAUUGUGGGUGGAGGUGGUAGAGGUUGCCGAGUUGCUCCAAAGGAGUACGGAAUGGGGCAGUGGAAGUGUGUGAAAGGCAGAGGUGAUGUUAUUGACGAAAUUUGGGAACGGGAGUUGGAGACUGAGCAAAAGCAUCAUUGA